UUGAAAUUUUACAUCUCGCAAUUCUGUCCUUUUUUCUGAUGUAAAGUCAGAAUUGCGUGAUAUAAAGUUAUAAACUCACAAUUCAGAUUUUUUUUCUCAGAAUUGUGUUUAUAUCUCGCAGUUCUGACUUUAUAACACUCAAUUGUGAGAUAAACUCGCAAUUCUGAGAAAAAAGGUAAGUCUUUUUCUUCAGAAUUGGACUUUAUAACUCGCAAAUUGUAUCUCACAAUUCUGAGAAAAGAAGUCAGGAUUGCGAGAUAUAAUCUCACAUUUCUGACUUUAUAACUCGCAAUUCUGACUUUGUAUCUCGCAAUUGUGAGGAAAAAAAGUCAGAAUUGUGAGAUAAACAGUCACAAUUAUCUUUUUUUUUAUUAUUUCAUAGGUAAAAGGUCUGUUAGAUGGAUUGUUAUUUCAUGUAUUACCUGCAAAAGAAGAAAAUCCUGUUAUUUUAAGUGUUUUAGUUCCCAAACCUUGCAAACAAACCCCUCAAUUACCAAGUACAUCGGCCUCUCCUUUCUGUGUUCAUGACCCCUAAUUUUUUCUCUCAUAACCAUUGAGAAAAAGCGGCAAAAACAAUUACACUGACAUUCCCACGCUCUCCUCUGUCUGGCUGCAGUAGUUCUGUUUUUCGAAUUUACUUACCUUGGUGUUUUCUACCCAGAAGUGUUAUUAUGUUUACCAGGUCAACAGAGCUGUCCACCACCCAAAGUCUCAUUGAUUUUAUUCCUGUUCGAGUGUAAAAUCCCAAAGCAGCCUAUAAUUAGCAUGCAAAGGUUGUGGCAUUUUACAACUAAUUUCAAAUUAUAGAGCAAACACAGUAUGAUACAAUACAGAGCCCUGUGUUUAAACAAACCUGCAUUUUGGAUUAUAAUUGCAGAACAAGAAAAGGAAGAGGAUGUUGUAAUUCCUACUUAAGCAACUAUAUUUUCCACUAACACAAACCGAUUUGCCUUUCACUGCAGAUCUGGAAAACACCCCACGCCCAUGAGGGACAUCAAAUCAACACAUCUAUCAGUCAAAAACAUGUUAUACAGUAGUUAAAUGGCUUGAACCACUCUCAGCAACUAAGGGGUUGUAAAUAUGUAUAUAGCCUCAGGUGCAAUAAGAUUAGACUUGAUGAAUGUUUGAAUAGACUUGCUCCAGGUAAUUGUGCUGCUAGUAAUAUUGUGCUACAUUAAAAACUUGGUUGAAAAAUGACUUUGUCACUGUAGUUUUGGUCUAAUAUGAGCUAAUCGAUUGUAUUGUGUGUAAAAUGACAGUCGAACCCCUAAAUCUAGAUGGCUGAAGUCAUAACUAGGCAGUAAAAGCUGGACAGGAAGGAAGCAAUGUCCGAAAUGGCGCCUCAUUUCUUGCUUAAAGGUUAUUGCACCACCACCCACUGCUGAUAUGAUCUUAGCUGUUAGGUGGCUUUCUUGAGCCACUGGUUUAACUGGAGGCUCGUCACCUGUGAAACAGGCACAGCCCAAGAGAAGAUGGGACGCUUUUGCCAUUAUGACCUGACGGCAGGUCUGUCUAGUGGCUUCCUCAGUUUAUUGUGGCUUUUUACUAUUCAGUUAAUUAUCAUAGAGUGACUUGUGCAAUAUUCCAAUCCUCACUAAGCGAGGCUGUAAAUUGAAAUUUCAACGCAUCUAAAAAGAAAAAGUAGAACAUUUUUUUGGUAGGGCUCAAAAAGUUGGUUUUCUGGAGUUACGAUUUUUUGUUUUUGUCUUGCCAACAUUUUUACUGGCCCCAACACAAGAAAUUUUAGUUUUAUUUUAAUAAUUUUAUAUGCGUAAGAAAGAUAUAUUUAUAUUUUUUUUUAUUUAAUGUUGGCCUUUCUUCAGAAAUGUUGGAAAAUGCUGGCUUACAUUCCAUGCAAACAUUUCUUAGUUGGAUGACUCCAAAGCCAGCAAUGUUUUGUUUAGAGUAAUUUUUUUAUGCAAUAACAAUAUAAUCAUGGUUUGUCAAAUUUUAAUGAGGAGGAGAAAAUUCUUCCCAUAUCUUUUAUUUUUGUCAUAAUAUUCAUGAUUUUAAUUAUGAUUUUAUCAAUAUUACUUUUAUUAAUUUUAAUACAUUCCAACAUUUGUUUGUACAGGCAUUUUAGUUUUGAGUGUUGAGUCUGAUGUAAAAUCUUGGUCUUGAAGCAAAAUGUGUUGCGAAACCUAUCUAGAGACAAGACCACAUUACGACUUGGUGGUUGGAAAAAUACUGCCGUUUCUUUUUCACACUAAGAGGUUAAAAUUUUACAAUAUUGCCCACUUUUAGUACAAACAGAACAAACCUGAGAGUUCAAGUAGGGGAUACACAAGCUGUUUGUGAGUGAGAAUAAAAGGGAACAGCACCGAAGCCCUUAACUUACAGUCAUCACAGGUAAUAAUUGUAAAAUAUCUGUGUUCCUUUUCCCCAGCUUUGAAGUGAGGUGGCUACUGUCUGUUCUUGCCCCGUAGGAAGCACACAUUAGAUUUAUGACUUUGCAGACAACCAAAUUACACUGUCCCUCGCUGCAGCCCAGGAAGGCCAGUAAUCGCUUAAUACACAACAGCUAAUUGUGAGCAUACAGAGAUACAGAGUUUAUGUGACACAUGAUAAGUGUAUUUCCAUCCCUCUGGCAGAGAAAAGGUGUAAAGGCAAAUUGGUAAAAGAGGCUUAUCUGAUAAAGCUGUAAUUUGUCAUGAAUGUUCCAAUUUUUCUCUCAACACCCAGGACACGGCUUAGACAAUCUAUCUGGAUCAAGGUGGAGGAAAACUAGCAAUGAAAUUCUUUUGCUCUGUUGUCAUUUAUGCAUUAUGAAUGACCAUGGUUCAGAAUUGGGAAUUCUACACCGCAGGCUUGUACUUCUCAGCACUUUCAUAGUUAUGGUCUUCUGUAGAGGUUCUUGUUGUAAUCUGUAGUUCUAUUUAGAACCGUUUGUGUUGAGGAUUAGGGUUCUUUAUUCCUGCCCUUUUGAUUUUCAAAUCUGUGACUGUCAAAAAAUUCUUUCAAAGCAGCUUCUGACAGGUUUUCUUGAGCUCAACUUCACAGACUGUCAACAUGUUUAUAGAUUUUACUGGUUACAAACUGAAAACCCAUCAUCUUGUUCUUCUAGAACCCUUUUUCCUAAAGGUGUAGUUCUCCCAAAUAACUAUAAAAUAAAAAUAAAGGUUCCAAAAGGGGGUUUUCAAAGUGAUGCCGUAGAAGAACCAUGGGUUCUCCAAAGAACCUUUCAGUAAAAUGUUUUUUUGAAAAGAACCAUAUGUUUCUUUGUGUGAAGAACAUUUUAAUAAUCUGAAGAAACUUUAUUAUUUCCAAUAUAAAGAACCUUUUGUGCAAUGGAAAGCUUAAAUGGAUGUUAAAGGUUCUUCAGGGAACUAUAUGCCAAUAAAGAACCUUUAUUUUUAAUAGUGAGAAUUGUUUUUGCAUUUUACGAACAUAAGAAUGAACCGUGAUUCCAUAAUAUUUAUAAGGAAGAAACAUAUCAAUACGCAACUGUCAAAGAGUCAAAACCGAGCACAAAACGCCUAAUUUUCACACACGCAGAGUUACGUGCAUCUGUCAACUCUGCAAUUGCCAUUCCUCGUUUUCGGCAUGGUACGGUUGAAAAGAUCAGAUCCUGUGUGUUGAGGAGGUGUGUCAAAGCCUGAUGACUGAUGUCUACACUUGCCUGGAGGGCACUUGUAAACACAGAAUACACCUUUGCUUAUAGGCAGCUGGCUCACGUGACACAUCUACAGAUUGCGUUUAAAAACCCCUCUCUCCCUCUCCGAGACUGACAGAUCCGAACUGGUAGGUGAGGAGAAGAUCUCAACAUGUGGAUGUUUUGCAAAGAUAACUGUUUGUAGUUCACACAGGACCGUAAGAGUUCUCAUCUCUCAUACCAAGGCUGAGAUUUGCAUUUUGAAGUAGACAAAAGUGAACAACGAUGAGUUUGGGCAGCACCAGUACAGAAUCUGAAGUUUCAGAGGAUGAGUUGGAGGAUUGUCCUUUAGGUCCGGAUGACGACUGUGACAACGAAAGCCCUGGAAAGCUUCGUUCAGAACGCUCAAUGUCAUCCGGCCCAAGUGACACAGAGGAUGUCAAAGCGGUUAAGGGCCGAACUCGGCCUAAACGGUCCAAAGCACGGAGAGUCGCCGCCAACAUCCGAGAACGGAAGCGCAUUCUGGACUACAACCAGGCCUUCAACGCAUUACGCACGGUCCUCAAACACGACCUUAGUGGAAAGCGCCUGUCCAAGAUCGCCACGCUCCGCCGCGCCAUCCAGCACAUUUCAACACUGUCUUUGUAUCUGCGAACACAUUCGGAUACAGAACCGCACCCACCUCCGUGUACUCAUACGGAGUGCUAUCGGCAGCCGGAAGAGAACAGUUCCCUGCCCAGGAAGACCGGAACUUUCCAGGAACCGAUAGAUAACUACAUUCCCCAUCAGCCAGAGCUCACAGUCUCUACAGAGAUGUAUCAGGACACAUCAAACUCGACACCAUCUCAACACUACAACCACUGCACCACCACCAGUCAGGAACACGUGAACCGUGGACACUUCGGUCAGCACUGGGAGGAUCAGAGCCGUGAUUACUACAGUGGAGGACCUGGAUAUCAACAUGGGACGAGGGUCACCUGUCAUCAGAACCAUAUGGACACUUAUGCAGACUCUGCGAACCCGUCUUUGGCUUGGCAGCUGGGUUACCUUCAAUGUCACGGACACCAGCAGUUCCUGAGUAUGCACUAACUUUUCUCAAGCUAGAGUUACUUUUGAAAAGCAUUCGAAAUUUUUGAAUAUAAUAGUGUGCAUUAAGAGUAUUUUUGCAUACAUUUCUCAGGUUAAAAAAUAUACUGUAUAUUACAGCAAAUGCCUGGUAAAAAUCCUCUUCUAUAAUUGUUAGUUUAUUGUAAAUUGUAAAUAAUAUUUUUUAAAAAAGAAUAUGUCAGAAAUGUCAGAAAUUAGCUUAAAGGUUAGCUUCAAUAUCUUGUUACCACUUAUUUUUUUCCGUAUGCUCAGCCCCCAAAUAAAGCAGCUUAUUAUAAAACUGACUUUGGCUCUUUUCAAACCACUGUCCUUAAAAGUAUAAAUAUCUUUUAAAUGUAAAUUUAAUGCAGUCGUAUACUACUCUCAUACCCAAUACCCAU